UGGCGAUUGACAAUUUAGGUUUUGUACCUGCACAGGUUUUCUGUUAUUUAGCAAAUCAAAUUAUGUCAAUAUGAAGACAAAUAAUUUAAAUUCUGCAGAGAACUCAACUAAGACACCACAAAGUAAAUAUAACAAAAAAUCUAAAUCACGCACAAAGUCUUCGAAAUCCGAAUUAACCGUUGGCAGUGGCAAUAGUGUUAAAAGUUCUUCGACUAGUUUGAAUAAUAAUCAAAUAAACAUUUUGACAAAUAAUAUUGUAUCUACCUCCACAACACCCACUACCAGUAAUCCUGGAAAUAUAUUCGAUACAUCUUUGAAUGCCAUUACAAAUGGAGGAGGUGGAGUUAGUAAUGUUGAAAUCAAUAGCAGCUCAAAGCCUCAUGUGAAAAGUUAUGCCGGUCUGGAAGGGCGUUCAGUGAAAAUAAUUUGGGACCAACAUGAUCAAAGCGAUUUGGAAUUGUCGACAGAAGUGUGUUCGCGCAUCGCUGAGGAUGUUUCAUAUAAGCUAUGGGAAUUGGUGAAUAAUAUUAAAACUUAUGCACGUCAUUCGGGUGGUAACGUAACGUACGACUUGGUAAAUGAAGUAUUGGCUGACGCAGACGUGCCACCAGCCUUGGGUGCUAUGGAUAGCGAAUGGGAUCGUGUUGACUAUGAUGGCAGUUACUUUUUCUAUUCGGAUAGAAUUAUCGAAUUACGCGAUGAGUACCAAAACGAAUUUACCAUGGAAACCCCAAGUGGUCCAGAUUACGAAUGCACCUGGCCAAUUGAUGAGAAACAAAGUGAAUUGAUAAAGAAAUUUAUACCUAAUUUAAUGAAGGUUGUGCUACAUGGUGAGGCAGACGAGUUGGACACCGCUCUCUCUGAAACGGCAUUCUCACCUUUUCUAGGCGCUUGCUACCGUGUUAUUCUUUCUAAAAUCAUAGAAAUUCUGGCUUUUAAACAAAACGAAGAAAUCAGUUUACGUUGCUGGAGCCUGCUCCGCUCUUGCGCAUGUAAUUCACAUGCACGUUUGCAAAACGUACGUAUGGAAUAUUUUCAUUUAUCGGAGAUACUUAUAUCGCAACUGCUUGCAACAUAUGAGAGUAUUAAAGACCAUACGAGUACGAAGCCUGAAGCUCAGAGUAUUGGUGUGAAUAUAAAAACAGAAGUAGAGGAAAUAAAGCUGGAAGAAAAAUUAGAUAUGAAAACUGAAUUCAUGCAUCAGCCGGAUCUCUUUAACUUACAAAAUUCGAAUGCGAAUGAAGAGAAAGUAUAUAAGUUGCAAAGUGAUAAUGAAUGCGAGGGAGAUGCUGAAAUGCGAUCAGAAUUAUCUCCCUAUUUUGCCAGUCCCGUAGCUUGGAAGCAUGUAGAUGAGCUAUGUAAAACGAUUGGCCAUUUGGCAGCAUCAAGUGGUUAUUUCCAAAAAGAAUGUUUAUUUCAUAUUACUAGAAGAUUGCAACGCUUUUUUGAAGGUCGUAGUGUGUCAACGGAAAGAGACUUCAAGUAUAUUAGCCGCGCUGUACGAGGUUUGGUUGCUCUUGGGGAGUAUGCUUUUCGUGAAUUUAUCCCCUUCAUCUACAAAUUCAAUGCAGAAAAUGUGCCCGAUACACUUUGGAAUGAGUUUGCGCUAAGUGCUGUCUUUAUACACGGACCAGAUGACAUAUUUCUUUAUGAAUGGUUAGAGUUCUUAUGCGGAGGUGAUAAGUUGCAGCCUUUUUUGAUAUAUUAUGCGCAAUACUUUGAAAAGUUUCUAGCCUAUCGCUUCAUGAGACGGAAAAUGGGUACCUUUAAAAUAUAUUCUAAACCUGGUGUACGACGCUUAGAGUGGAGUACAUUAGCUGCUGCUAUGUGCCAUGGAGACGAUCCAAAUAAAGCGUUAAAGCCCAAGCCAAAAAUCGAAGAAGUCUUCCCCGACUUGGUAUCACCUAAUCUUCAAUUGAAUCGUGCGGGUAAUAUACGAUUCAAGUUUGCCGGGUGCCGUCCAGUAAUAAUUAAAUCCAAAAUUUCUGCAAAUCUCAUGAAGCCGAAUGUGGAAUCAAAUAAGCUGGUCGUUCAAAGUGGACACAAUGAUAUACUUAUAGCACGUCGAAAAUUAUUCAAACCAUUAACCAACGAGCGACGUAUUGUGCCGCUCAGUAGUUAUUACUAUCUAAGAAUAUAAAUAUUUCGUUUAACAGUUUAUAUUAACCAAA